GCCUCACGGAGGACGAGGACGUGCUGGCCAUGCUGCGGGGCUCACGGCUGCGCAAGAUCCGCUCACGCACCUGGCAGAAGGAGCGGCUGUACCGGCUGCAGGAGGACGGGCUCAGCGUGUGGUUCCAGCGGCGCAUCUCGCGCGCCCCUUCCCGGCACCUCUUCUUCGUGCAGCACAUAGAGGCCGUGCGCCAGGGCCACCAGUCCGAGGGCCUGCGGCGCUUUGCGGCAGCCUUCCCACCCGCGCUCUGCCUGACCAUUGCUUUCCGCGGCCACCGCAAGAACCUGGACCUGGUGGCGCACUCAGCAGAGGAGGCACAGCGCUGGGCACGGGGCCUGGACAAGCUGCGGGCACGGCUGGAGGCCAUGAGCCAGCGCGAGCUCCUGGACCACUGGAUCCACUCCUACCUGCACCGGGCAGACUCCGACCAGGACAGCAAGAUGAGCUUCAAGGAGGUCAAGGGCCUCCUACGCAUGGUCAACGUGGACAUGAACGACAUGUACGCCUACCGCCUCUUCAAGGAGUGUGACCGGUCCAAUGACGAGCGGCUGGAGGAAGCUGAGAUUGAGGAGUUUGUGCGGCAGCUGCUGAAGCGCCCGGAGCUGGAGGAGCUCUUCCGCAGGUUCUCGGGCGAGGACCUUGUGCUGAGCGCCCCUGAGCUGCUGGACUUCCUGGAGGCGCAGGGCGAGGCGGGCGCCACGCUGGCCCACGCGAAGCGGCUCAUCCAGACCUACGAGCUCCACGAGACAGCCAAGCGCCAUGAGCUGAUGACCCUGGAUGGCUUCAUGAUGUACCUGCUGUCACCGGAGGGGGCCGCCCUGGACCCCGCACACGCCGCUGUGUUCCAGGACAUGGGCCAGCCCCUCGCACACUACUUCAUCUCCUCCUCUCACAACACCUACCUGACGGACUCUCAGAUCGGCGGCCUCAGCAGCACCGAGGCCUAUGUCAGGGCCUUUGCCCAGGGCUGCCGCUGCGUGGAGCUGGACUGCUGGGAGGGUCCGGGUGGUGAGCCUGUCAUCUACCACGGCCACACGCUCACCUCCAAGAUCCUCUUCCGGGAUGUGGUCCAGGCCGUGCGUGACCACGCCUUCACGCUGUCCCCCUACCCUGUCAUCCUGUCCCUGGAGAACCACUGCGGGCUGGAGCAGCAGGCCGUCAUGGCUCGUCACCUGCGGACCAUCCUGGGGGACAUGCUGGUGACAGAGGCGCUGGGCACCCAGGACCCUGAGGUGCUGCCAUCUCCAGAGCAGCUGAAGGGCCGGGUGCUGGUGAAGGGGAAGAAGCUGCCAGGCGCACAGGCCAAGGAUGGUCAUGUUCUGUCGGACAGGGAAGAGCAGGAGGAGGAGGAGGAUGGGCAGGCUGUGGGGGCUGCACGGCAGGGGACACCCGCAGAGGCCAGGCCCCAGGCCGGCCAGAUCGCCCCUGAGCUGUCAGCCCUGGCUGUGUACUGCUGUGCCACCCGUCUGCAGACCCUGCAGCCCGGCCCUGGCCCAAUCCGGCCCUGCCAGGUCAGCUCCCUCAGUGAACGCAAAGCCCGGAAGCUGCUGCGGGAGGCAGGGAAUAGCUUUGUCCGGCACAACACCCGCCAGUUGACCCGCGUGUACCCGCUGGGGCUGCGCAUGAACUCCACCAACUACAGCCCCCAGGAGAUGUGGAACGCGGGCUGUCAGCUGGUGGCCCUGAACUUCCAGACACCAGGCUACGAGAUGGACCUCAACGCGGGCCGCUUCCUGGUCAAUGGGCGGUGUGGCUACGUCCUGAAGCCCAGCUGCCUGCGACAGCUGGGCACGGCAUUUGACCCGGCAUGCCCUGGGCCCCCCAGCACCACACUGACGGUCCAGGUGCUCACCGCCCAGCAGUUGCCCAAGCUGAACGCCGAGAAGCCCAGCUCCAUCGUGGACCCCCUGGUGCGUGUGGAGGUCCAUGGAGUCCCCGCAGACUGCGCACGGAAGGAGACCGGCCAUGUGCUCAACAACGGCUUCAACCCAUGCUGGGGGCAGACACUACAGUUCCUGCUGCGGGCCCCGGAGCUGGCCCUGGUGCGCUUCGUGGUAGAGGACUACGACACCACCUCCCCCAACGACUUCGUGGGCCAGUUCACGCUGCCGCUCAGCAGCCUGAAGCAAGGGUACCGCCACAUCCACCUGCUCUCGAGAGACGGGGCCCCGCUGUCCCCCGCCACACUCUUCGUCCACAUCUGUGUCCAGCACUUCUGACAGCUGAAGACCCAGCCAGAGUUCUGGGGGCCCAGGCCACACCCAGCACCAAGCCCGGCCUUCCCCCAACCUGGAACUCCUGGGUGCCGUGCCUGCUGGCCUCCUGGGGCACAGACAUGGGUGAUCUGUGCCUGGCCAGCUGCUGCCUGGCUGCAAGGGCUCCAGCACCUCUGGUGCCCAGCCCCGCCCCGCACAGUGCCUUAUGCAGGGCCUGCCGCAGGAACCUGUGGGCAGCACCCCUGCCCCGUCCUGCUGGAGCGCCAGGCCUUGGUCCCUCAGGCUCGCCCCGCAGGGAGGAAGCCCCAGGCGAGCCAGAAACCUGGCUAUUGGUUGGCAACAGGGUCCCAGGAGAGCCCUGGGAGGGCAGUAGAGAAGCAUCUGUUCUAACAGUAAAGGAGCCACUUUGCCUCACCCUG